GACGUCUCACGCAACACUUGCGUGUGUAGGAGGAAGUCGGGCAGAAAUGGCGACGUUGCUGCAGCCGGACAAAGUGCUUUAUCUCGUCCGAGGCGAAAAAAAAAUUCGAUCGCCGCUCUCUCAGUUGUAUUUUUGCCGUUAUUGCAGUGAACUGCGAUCACUGGAAUGCGUGUCACAUGAAGUCGAUUCCCACUUCUGUCCCAGCUGUUUGGAGAACAUGCCAUCAGCUGAGGCCAAGCUCAAAAAGAACAGGUGUGCCAACUGCUUUGACUGCCCGUGCUGUAUGCACACCCUCUCCACACGAGCCACCAACAUCCCAGCACCACUGCCUGAUGACCCAACCAAGACCACAAUGAAGAAGGCCUAUUACUUGGCUUGUGGGUUUUGUCGCUGGACCUCAAGAGAUGUAGGCAUGGCUGACAAAUCUGUUGCCAGUGGAGGAUGGCAGGAACCUGAGAAUCCUCAUACUCAAAGGAUCAACAAGUUGAUUGAGUAUUACCAGCAGCUGGCCCAGAGAGAAAAGCUGGAGAGAGACAGGAAGAAGUUGGCUAGAAGACGCCCUUUCAUGCCUCAGGCAUUCUCGCAACACACUAUUCACGUGGUGGAGAAGUAUGGCCUGGGAACCAGGCUACAGAGACAGAGAUCUGGAGCUCCAAUCAGUGCUCUCUACGGUCUUUCACUUAAAGAGGGAGAGGAUCAAAAGGAGAUCAAUAUCGAGCCAGCACAGGCUCUGGAUGAAGUCGAGCCCUUACCCGAGGACUAUUACACCCGACCUAUCAACCUCCCUGAAGUGACGACUCUUCGGCAGAGGCUGUUACAGCCUGAUUUUCAGCCGGCAGGAGCAUCACAGCUCCAUCCCAGACACAAACAUCUGCUGAUGAAACGCUCUCUGCGCUGCAGGAAAUGUGAGCACAAUCUGAGUAAACCAGAGUUUAACCCAACCUCGAUAAAGUUCAAAAUCCAGCUCGUGGCAGUGAGCUACAUUCCUGAAGUGAGAAUCAUGUCCAUUCCAAACCUGCGACAUAUGAAGGAAAGUCAAGUUCUGCUGACCCUGACCAACCCUGUUGAAAACAUCACCCAUGUGUCUCUGUACACCUGCGAUGAGGCCGACCCAGAUGAUAUUUACAGCACUGCCAAGAUUCUGGUGCCUAAAAAGGAGCUGGUCCUGGCAGGGAAAGAUGCUGCAGCUGAAUAUGAUGAAUUGGCAGAACCUCAGGAUUUCCAAGAUGACCCAGAUGUGGUGGCCUUUAGGAAGUCCAACAAGAUCGGCUUCUUCAUCAAAGUGGUUCCGCUGAAGGAGGAGGGCGAUGUCACCGUGGCCUUCAAACUCCGGCAUGACUUCAGGAACCUCGCUGCUCCGAUCAGACCCGCUGAGGAGGGGGAACCCACCAGUGAGGCCAUCUGGCUCACGCACCAUGUGGAGCUUAGCCUUGGCCCCCUGGCAACUUGAGAACAUAACACAUAAGUACACUAGAGCAUGCACACAUACACCCACACACACAAUAUCAACGUACACACAGUCGAACAGGCUUAGUAAUAUAAUAUGUAUAACAUAUCACCCACAAACUUCUGUUUUACUCAUGAAGACGAUUCCCAUCCUGAUGAAGUGAGUGUAAAUAUCAGGCGCUUACAGGAACAGUUACUCAUCAGUACACACACUACGCCUACACUUGCUUCUAGCGGUGCUGUCCGUGUCUAUCUAGCGCCCUCUGCUGAUGUGUUUAAAUGCAUGCGGUCACAUGCGACUGUUAUAUUUCACAGUAUCAAUUCCAGUUUUACUCCGAGCAGAACUGUAGCUCUCAGUGUUAAUAAAGACGUGUAGAUAAAUGCUUCAUCUAAGUACUGUGUUAAUUUAAUAUUUUUUAUUUGCAGUAAAUCGGUGUUGCUUGCAUUUGUGUGGACCAUGCUAGUUGUUUUUCGAUUAGAUGGUGAGCCAGUGCAUCUGUCUCAACACGAUAGCUGUAAGUCCUUGUCUAGUUUGUAAUAUGACCUCCAUAAAAUAUGGUUGACCGAUCUUGGUCAAUAAAAUCUAUUU